GGAUCAACCAAAAAGGAAAAUUUUUGGUGAUUUUCUAGUGACUUUUUUGGGUGUGAAUCUGUCUUUUCAGUUUACUCCUUCUGAUUUAAAAACAAAGCAUAGUUAUUUUUAAAGGGGUAGUUCGAAAGAACUAGAACAAAAAAGAAGAAGAAAAUUUGUGGUUAGUUUUGCAAAUUCUGAUAUUUUUAUUAAAAUAUACAUUUUGUAAUACUUAAAUAAUAUUUAUAGUAUAAUUAUAAUUCGAAAACAUGAAUACUUGUAAAAUACCGGUGCCGGUAGACGACAGUGAUGGUGAUCACAGGUGGUUAAGUAUUCACAAUCGGUUCCUUUCCGAAAGUAAAGAAAAAGAUGCCGAUGUUAUUUUUAUAGGAGAUUCAAUAGUGCAAGCCCUUCAACAUACUGAUGUUUGGAAUGAACUCUUUGUUCCCUUACAUUGUUUAAAUUUCGGAAUUCAUAGGGAUAAAAUAGAAAAUGUUUUAUGGCGAAUUCAGAAUGGGGAACUAGAUAAUGUAAAACCCAAAGUUAUUAUUUUGCAUGUCGGUACAAAUAAUCUUUCUAAUACACCCGAAGAAAUACGAGAUGGACUCAUCGAAUUAAUAGAAACCAUUAGAAAAAAGCAUCCAAAUGUUUACAUUGUUGUUCCAACAUUAUUGCCCAGGGGUCAAAACCCAAACCCAGUGAGAGAAAAAAUAUCCAGAGUUAACAAACUUCUUAAAGCAUCACUAGACAGUCAAUUUAAAAUAGAACUGGUAACUAUCGAUAAUGGAUUUAUUCGUACGGAUGGAACGAUUAGUCAUCAUGAUAUGUAUGAUUAUUUAUUGUUGACAAAUUCUGGUUGCAAAAAAGCAUUUGAACCAGUCCAUGACCUCUUGUUGCAGCUAUUAAGUGACGGUGAGCCAGAAAACGACCUUACCCCCUCAGAGUAAGAAAACUGCGAUAUUGUCAAAUUGUUAGGCAAGAAAAAUUACUUUCUUAAAAUAUAUUUUUAUAAACAAAUAGAUCUUUGAAGUUGAAGUUAUAAUACUGAUUCAUAGCAUUCUGAAAACAAAUGAUUUUAGAAAUAGUUUAAUUUUGCAGCAAAUUUUUGAUCCAUAUACUGUCACCAGCCCUUAUCGUUACUUAGAAUCAUAGUGGGUUGAUACAACAGAGUACAUUACACUUUAUAAAUCAAAUUUCAUUUUAUAAAUGCUAGGAAAUCCUUACUGCAUUUUUAGAAUUGUUUGAUUUUUUAUUUAAGUAUAGAGGGUGUUGUUAUUUCUUGUUGAAUUCGGAUAUAUGUAAAGGUCUUUUUUAUUAAAAAAAUUAUACAUCCAAUAAAGAUAAGUGCCAACAAACUUCCAUUCGACUCCAAUUACUGCCCAGUGAGUGACUUUUUCAAAUUUGAAAACAAAAAAAGUCGCAUGGGCCCAAAUCUGGAGAAUACGGUGGAUGAGGCAGCAGUUAGUAGCCAUUAUGAAUGAAUCCAUUAUUACAGAGCACCAGAAACAAAAAAAAUUACUACUCUUCCCAAGAAAUUAUAAGACAUCAUAACAGUUAGCCCUCUUUCGUCCAGUGUAUCUCACAAGAUACAUGACUUUAUAAUUGAUUUUUUAAAUGUUGCGGGCUCUUUUAAAAGUUCAAACCUUUGUUGUCACAAUCAGCUGUUCUUACUCUAUUACGUUGGCUAUCUUUGUUUGAUUUAAACAUUUUAAAAGUAUUAAGUUAUGUUGAUUUUAUUUUCUUGUUCUUCGAGUGUGAGCAUUUUUCAAGCCAUCAACACAAGCGGUAAAUUCAGUUUACCUACUGUUAUUCACAAGUUUUAGGCACUAAUAUUUUCUGGUUUAUUUGCAAUAUACUUUUAUAAAAUGUAUCGUCCAGUACACAUCGGGUGGUAUAUGUGGAAGGGGGGGAGGGGCGGAAAUAAUUUUAAAUAUGAUUUUUGUUUAAUUGGGCCCUUAAACAAUAAAAUGCAAAAA